GAGGGAAUGGAUUUAGAAUUCCCUUGAUGGUAGUGUAAAUUGCUUGAUUCAAAUAGUUGAAGGAUCUUUCAAAUCCACUUAUUUAAAAAAAUAAAAAAAAAAAAAUAAAAAAAAAUAUGAACCACUUUUUCAAUUGCCUGCCUAAUGUGCUGUGAUGCAAGUCACAUGUCCACUCUUCAACUGCUUAGUCCAAGACACACAUACGUUUGGAGUUUAUACACACUCAAAAUGCUCAAAUCCAAGCUUUCCCUGUGGGCUGUGAGUCUUUCGUUUAAAACCAACCCAUUUGUUAGCAUUUUGAAACACCGGCAAUAUGCCAUUGUGGCAAACUGUUUAGACCUUUUGCGAGGCUGCAAUGGGAAACUUCCACAAUCUGGAAUAGCUCAAUGUCUUUCAUUUAGCCUAAAUUAAACUAUUUUCUUAAUUGAAGACUUUAUCCCACACAGGGUCGUUUGGCACUUUUAGCGUAGAUGUGGCUAUCCGUUUGCACCACAGCUCUUGUUGCUUUGUCAACUUCAGUUGUUUUUCACCAUAUGAGCUUCAAUGUAAAACUGUCUCUGAAAACAAUUGUCUUCCUGUGCUCCCCAGGUGCUGGGUGGUGAGAGAACAGAAGGCAGUGAGGACGGCAUGCUGAGGCGACUACACCUGCUCCAGAAUGAGUGUCAAUGAUGGCGAAGGCGGAGCAGCUAGCAAAGAUGGGCGGGCCUACAGCCUGCAGGUUUACCCACGGCUCUCAGCAGACUGCCCACCUUGCUGUUCCCUCAAGGUGCCCAAGGAGGCCACGGCUGCCUCUGUCAUCCAGGACGCAGCCUCGGCCCUGGGUGUGGACCCGCAGCGCCUCUACGUGCUGGCCGAGGUGAAGGAGUGCGGCGGGGAGGAGUGGGUGCUGGAGUCGGGGGACCUCCCCGUCCAGAGGGUCCUGCUGUGGCCUCGCAAGGCCCAGGAACAGCACCCCCAGAGCGAGGGCUUCUACUUCGUCCUCCAGGAGAGGAACCGCGACGGCACCAUCCACUACGUCCACCUUCCCGCCCUCUGCAAGGAGCAGGAGGCACAGAGGUUGGCGGCCAGAGGAUUCCUCCCCCCGCGCCAGGACGACUUUGAUGACCUGUGUAACCUCCCGGUGCUCAAUGAGAGCAGCAUCCUGGAUAACCUGCGCAACCGCUUCCACAAGAAAAAGAUUUACACCUACGCCGGGUCUAUCCUCAUUGCCAUCAACCCCUUCAAGUUCCUACCCAUCUACAACCCCAAGUACGUCAAGAUGUAUGAGAACCAUCAGCUGGGGAAACUGGAGCCGCACAUCUUUGCCAUCGCGGACGUGGCCUACUACGCCAUGCUAAGAAAGAGGGUAAACCAGUGCAUCGUUAUCUCUGGGGAGAGCGGCUCAGGGAAGACGCAGAGCACCAACUUCCUCAUCCACUGUCUGACGGCCCUCAGCCAGAAGGGCUACGCCAGUGGAGUGGAGAGGACCAUCCUGGGUGCUGGGCCUGUGCUGGAGGCGUUUGGGAAUGCCAAGACGGCCCACAACAACAACUCCAGCCGCUUUGGGAAGUUCAUCCAGGUCAACUACUUGGAGAGCGGGGUGGUGAGAGGGGCAAUCGUGGAGAAAUAUCUCCUGGAGAAGUCUCGUCUGGUCUCCAGAGAAAAGAAUGAGAGGAACUACCAUGUGUUUUACUAUCUGCUGGUGGGAGCGUCAGAGGAGGAGCGCAAGGAGUUCAAACUGCUGCAGCCUGAAGAUUACCUCUACCUCAAGCAGCAAAACUUUAAGAUCGAAGAUGAGGAAGACCUGCGUCAUGAUUUUGAGAGGCUGCAGCAGGCCAUGGAGAUGGUGGGCUUCCUGUCUGCCACUAAGAAACAGAUCUUCUCUGUGCUGUCGGCCAUCUUGUACCUGGGCAACGUGACGUACAUGAAGACGUCUACAGGCCGAGACGAGGGACUGGACGUGGGACCACCCGAAGUCCUGGCUACCCUCUCAGACCUGCUCAAGGUGGAAGAGGAGUUGCUGGUCGAGGCACUAACUAAGAGGAAAACGGUGACAGUCAAUGACAAGCUGAUUCUGCCCUACAGCCACAGUGAGGCCAUCACUGCGAGAGACUCCAUGGCCAAGUCUCUGUACAGUGCACUGUUCAACUGGAUUGUCCUGCGCAUCAAUCAUGCACUGCUCAACAAGAAAGACAUGGAGGAAUCUGUCCCUUGUUUGUCAAUAGGAGUCCUGGACAUAUUUGGCUUUGAGGACUUUGAGACCAACAGCUUUGAGCAGUUCUGUAUCAACUAUGCAAACGAGCAGCUUCAGUAUUACUUCAACCAGCAUAUCUUCAAACUUGAGCAGGAGGAGUACCAGGCGGAGGGCAUCACCUGGCACAACAUAGACUACACUGACAACGUGGGCUGCAUCCACCUCAUCAGCAAGAAGCCCACUGGUCUCCUUUACCUACUGGACGAGGAGAGCAACUUCCCCCAUGCCACUGAUAAGACCCUGCUGGCCAAGUUUAAGCAGCAGCACCAGGAGAAUAAGUACUUUGUGCCCACGUCUGUGAUGGAGCCUGCCUUUGUCAUCCACCACUUUGCUGGGAAAGUCAAAUACCAGAUCAAGGACUUCCGGGAGAAGAAUACGGACCACAUGCGUCCGGACAUUGUGGCUCUACUGCGCAGCAGUGACCGGGCCUACGUGCGUCAGCUGAUCGGGAUGGACCCUGUGGCCAUGUUCCGCUGGGGCAUCCUGCGAGCCACCAUCAGGGGAAUGGCUGCCUUCAACGAGGCUGGACGCCGCUGGGCCGUCAAGACCGCAGGUGUGCAGCGCCCCACUUCCAGGACUCCUUUGGGGGAGCUGCAGAGGUCCAACACGCCUGUAGAAAGGAUGUACCGGAAAAACAAGAACGCGAAGCAGAAACAGAUCAUACCCAAGAGCCUGCUGGACUCUCGCUCGCUGAAGUUCAUUGUCGGUCGGACCAUCCACGACCGCUCCACCAAGUCUCUGCAUCACCUCAACAAGAAGAAGAAGACCCCCAGCAUCAGCGCUCAGUUCCAGACCUCUCUGACAAAGCUGCUGGAGAAUCUGGGCAGAGCAGAGCCCUUCUUCGUCCGCUGUAUUCGCUCCAACUCUGAGAAGAAGGAGAUGUGUCUGAAUGAGACCCUGGUGCUGCAGCAGCUGCGCUACACAGGCAUGCUGGAGACGGUUCGCAUCCGAAGGUCUGGCUAUGGAGCCAAGUACACCUUCCAGGAAUUCAUCGAGCAAUUCCGAGUGCUUCUGCCCAAAAACGCCACACCCUCCAAGCCAGAGGACAUCUCAGCCUUGUUCCAGAGGAUGAAUCUAGACCACACCACCUACCAGAUAGGCAAAACCAAGGUUUACCUGAAGGAACUAGAGCGUCAGCAGCUGCAGGACACGCUGCACAAGGACGUGAUGCGGAAGAUCAUUUUCCUGCAGCGCUGGUUCAGGGCGCGCCUGGAGAGGAGGUGGUACUUGGAGAUGAGACAGGCGGCCAUCUUGAUCCAGCGUGCAUGGCGUAGGCAACAAAAGGAGAGACGGUGUCAGGCAGCCACGCUGAUUCAGGCCGUUUGGAGGGGCUCUAGACAGAGAUCACAGUACCUCCGCAGGCGGACCAGCAUCAAGAAGAUACAGGCUCUGGCCAGAGGACACUCAGCACGGAGGAGGUGCCAUUCAAUACGGGAGGACAGGAGGAAAAAGGAGGAUGAGGAAGAGGAGGCCAGGAGGGAGGAAGCUGCAGCUAGGCUAGUGAGAGAGGCAGAGGAGGCAACCCGACUGGAAAUGGAUGCAGAGGAAGAGGCGUUCAGGAGAAAGAAAGAGGCAGAGUGGGAGGCCGCGGAGAGGAGGACGAGGGAGAAUGAAGAGGAAAGGCUGAGGCAGGCAGAAAGCGUCAAUGAGGAACCUGAGACAGAGGAGGAACCAGAGGCACUGGUGGCAGCUGAAAGGACUCUAGAUGAGAGCCGACAUUGGGACAAAGUGCCUGUCCAGGACAAGGAGGAGCAGAAGGAGGAAGUGGAAGAUGGAGAAGCUGCAGCUAGUUCACCUUCUGAGAAGGUGGAAAAGGGGAAUGCCUCUGCAGUCUCCCAGCCUGAUAAGGGCAACAGUACACAGGCUGAGGCUGGGCCCCAGCUGGAGGAGGAGAGCCAGGCUGUGGAGGAACAGGAGCAAGCCCACUCCGAGGAUCCCGAGGAGGAGGGGACCACAGAGGCAGCUGCCCCCCACUCACCAGAGAGACACAAGGGGGCUCAGGCGGCUGCGGAGGCUUCCCCCUCCACAGACCCCCAGUCGGGGCAGAAGAAGCUACGAGCUCCCCCCCUCCACAAGGUCACAGCCUCCAGGAGCCAGGAGAAGAGGGAGCUUCGGCGCCAGCGGGGCCUGGAGCACAGCCAGAGAGAGAGUAAGCGGGUCGCCUCGGCAGCCACCAAGGAGGAGCCAGCCCCUAAGGUCAUAGAUCAGGAGGCAGCCAGCCGAGCCGAGGGAAAGCCAAAAGGCCGGCCGGAGCGGACAGACAGCAAGGAGAUGGACCAGUACACCUUUGUAGCCUGGAAGAAGGAAGCCAAAGCCACCACCCCUGCUCCUAUACGCCCCAGCACCUUACCCCUGAACCCCCCUGAGCUAAUGGCUAACAGGAACGGCCAUGAGGUCCUGGGUCCAGGCAACCUGAUUCGCUACAGCCAACAGGACGCCAUGAAGGAGAAGGCAGAGAAAUGGAAGGAGAGGAAGAUUGAUGUACAACAACCAGAGAGUACCAGUCCUCCUGAGGCCCACAGCAAGGACAGGAUAAAAAAAUAUUCACAGAGUGUUGGAAACUCGUCAUCUUUUGAUGCUAUGUCUCCUGGAUCGACUGGUGCUACGUCAAACAGAGAGUCUCUUACAGAGGAUGGGUCAAAGGGCAGCAUGAAGAGGAGGUCCCAUGACACAUCAGGCCACCAGGACACUGUCCAUACUCAUCCUUCCACUCCAGAGAAACCCUCAGGGUUCCUGAGGAAGAUCCUGAAGAAACGUCCCCAUAAGGAGCCUCAGACCCCUGACGAUGUAGAACUGACCAUGGCCCAGGCCCUGAUCGAACGAGGAGAAGACCCGGCUAGUGGAGGCCGGGCGGUGAGCCGGAACCCCACCAUCAAGAUCAGCCGGGCCACGCGGGUCUCAGAGCAGUGGAACGCUUCACUGGACCGGGAGAUUACCAACGCCAAUGAGCUCCGACACCUGGAUGAGUUCCUGGGGAAUCAGGUGAAUGACUUCCGCUCCAGGGGGAAGCAGUUGUCGGCAACCGAGCACAUCUUCGUCACAGCCACCAUGCAGUUCAGAGAGACCAUCAAGGGAAUGUACUCUCUCCCAAAACCCCACAUUGGCUACAACGGUCUGAUGCGUGGCUACCAGAACAAGGUGAUCAGCCUGGCCGGAGACAAGCAGAAGGGUGAGGUGCAGCUGGUGGUCAACCUCUUUCAGUCUGUCCUGGACGGCUUCAUACGGGGAGAGAUCAAGAAGGAGGAGGCAGAACCAGCAAAGCCUGAUAAAACUCGGAAGAAGAGGCGCAAAAAAUACAAGAGUAUGGAGAACCCUUUGGACCAUGUGUUCAGCACGUACCAGGUUAACAUCAUGCAGUCCUGUGACCAGUGCAGCUCCUAUAUCUGGGGCAUGGAGAAAGCCUGCAUGUGUAGCUAUUGCAAGAUGGUGUGCCACAAGAAGUGCCUCUGCAAAAUUGUCACAGACUGCUCCACGUUUUGUGUCAAAAAGAGUGAUGAGGAGUCUGGAGGCCUGCACUUUGGGGUGCGAGUCUGUCACCUGACCAGCGACAAGAACACUGUUCCCAUGGUGCUGGAGAUGAUGCUGGAGCACGUGGAGAUGAACGGCCUGUACACGGAGGGGAUCUACCGCAAGUCUGGCUCUGCCAACCGCAUGAAGGAGCUCCACCAGCUAAUGGAGACUGACCCCCACGCUGUGUGCCUGGAGGACUACCCCAUCCACACAGUGACAGGGCUGGUCAAACAGUGGCUGAGGGAGCUGCCUGACCCUCUCAUGACCUUCAUUCAUUACAAUGACUUCCUUCGGGCCGUAGAACAUCCUGAAAAGCAAGAACAGCUACAUGCCAUCUACAAAGUGUUGGAACAACUCCCCACCGCAUGCUUCAACACCUUGGAAAGGCUCGUCUUCCAUCUAGUCAGAGUGUCUAAGGAAGAGUCUCAUAACCGCAUGUCUCCCAACUCCCUGGCCAUCGUGUUUGCCCCCUGCAUCCUCCGCUGUCCAGACAGCGCCGACCCACUCAUGAGCAUGAGGGACGUGGCCAAGACCACCACGUGUGUGGAGAUGCUGAUCAACGAGCAGAUCCGAAGCUACAACGAGAAGAUGGAAGAGAUUGAACAGCUGGAGUAUGCUGAGGCUCUGGCCGUCAACCAGCUCAAACUCAAGAGGCAGAACACGCUGUACUGGCAUUUGCCCCUCAGGUUUUCUGCUCCGUACAAAGGAGUGGUGGUGCAUGAGAAAGAGUGCUCUGACCUGACGGUGGUCCCUGGGAACGAUGUGCCGCUGGACUCCGAUACGGAGGCUGAGAAGAACCUGAUGGCGCGCAUCAAGUCCAUCAAACAGGAGAAGGAGGAACUAGCCUACAGACUGCCAGAGCUGGAGCAGCCUGGUUCAGACCAGGAGAACCUGGAUUCUGAGGCGUCGGUGAGCUCUGAGAGCCUGCUGGACGAGCGCUGCCUCAACUCUGAGCCCGAAGGUCUGGACAAGCUGGUGGUGGUGCAUUUAAAGAGGGUGGCAGAGGUCUGCUCUCUAGCAGGCCAAGCUGACCUGGCCCAGAGACCUAAGGCCCCAGGGGGCGUUCCUCUCUCUGCAACCUAGUCUCCUCUGGCUACAACGCCAUCGCCCCAUCAUCCCCGGCACGGUAAAGCUGCCGCCGGGCAUCCACUCGCAGCCCCCCGUUGCAGGCCCUCAACCCCUCCUGCCAGCCAUGGCUUCAGCCUGAUCAAGAGGCGGAAGCAGCCCACCCGACGCAAAGACGGCACCCAGUCCCUGUACAUCAGUCCAGACAAAGACCUGUUCCCCUCUCCCGUCUCCUCCCUCUCUAGCGCCACCCCACAAAGUCUCCAGACCACCAGCAAGGCCCUCAGACGCUUCUCAGACCCCGACAUCCCCUAUAGUGACCCGGCCUGACACAGACAGGAGGCAGAAUAGAACUCGAUACAGAACUGGAUAUCUAUGGUGGGCCCCCCUCAGUCAGGAGCGGCUUGGAGGAUACAGUAUGGAGUCUGUUAUUGUCGCUGUUGCCAUGGACACGGAUCAUGGAUGUGUGUUUAUAUACUUGUGACUUAUGCCUGAUAAUAACAGGAUGUGUCACCAAGCACUUUUUCUACACUUAAUAUAUUGUUGUAGUUUUUUUAAGAGACAAAUUAAAUCAAGUUUGCGCGGCCGCAUGGACUCUAUGGACAAAUGUUUUCUUUUUUAAAUACUUAGUUUUCAUGAGGAAAAACUGCAGUUUAUUGCACAUUUUCCAUUCCAAGGUCUCCUUAUGAGAAGACCCAAACAGUUCGCUCAAUGUAAAGUCAAUAGUGCCUUGAUUUGCACAUUGUCAGUGUACAAAUUCUUUGGUAAUUUCUUCUUUUAAUAUUCGAUGAGGGGGGGGUUGUGUAUCUUUGUAUGAUACUCUUGUGCUGAUUCAAAGAAAUUGUACCAACUCAAGACAUGCUCGAACGAGGACCAAAACACUUGUGAUCAAGUUAUGGUGCCUUGAACAGCCUUCUCGUUGGAAAUGGAUUAACGCCACGUUCUUCCCUCUCCCACCAUUUCCUCCCUGUAUAGGAACUGCUUUCACUUGUCAAAGGGAAAAUGGGAGCAGCACUAGCCACUUUCCUCCUGGAUGAAAACCGCUAACCCUUGUCAAGGUCUGCAUGCUAUGUCUUAUAAAUGGACCUUUUUUAGAUUCUACUUUCUGUAAUGUUUCUGCAGCUACAUACAUAUGGCUUCAGUCAACUGUACUGUACCUGCCACUAUGUCAAUCGGCGGGUCAGGAUCACUAUCGACUACAGAGGACCCUCUCUUCAAAAGUUGUUUGACAUGUAAUACUAAUGAGUGAUUCCUCAUGGAACCAGACGAAAAAAAAUACCAUGAUUUGGGGGGUUUUCACAAUGUAAUCUAUGGAAUAGUCCUUUGGAGGAAGGAUUGUCAUAUUUGACAUUUUGUAUCUUAAAGCAUAAUUGAGAAAUAAUGAAUCAAAGUUGGCAUAUGUAUGUCAUUUUGGACCUCACCUAGGCCUCCUUUUAAGGCUCCAUGAUGUUUCAUCUGUAGAUGCGAAAGCAAAGAUUGGUGUCAUAUGAAAGCUUUACCUCUUGCUCUGUAAUAUGAGUAGUAUUUUAAUUUCAAUUAAAAAAAAAAAAAAAUUUACAUUAAUUGAUGAAUAUUGACAAAUAUAAAUUGAAUAUUGAACAUUUAGAUUUUGAUUUGGCCUAUUUUUCAAUAUAUUGUUGAACAUAAUAUACUUCAAAGUUCAAGAGUGGGAUCUCUGCUAGUUUAAGUUAGGGCCCAUUUUUAUCCAGAGAAAUUGGCGUAGUAGGCAUUGUAGCCAAUCACAGCCCUCCUUUUACUUAUAUCAUUGCACACCCUGAAAAUCACCAGCAGGAAUCCAUUGUCACAUUCACUCUACUCUGUUGGUAAUGCUUACAAAUUGGAUCAUCACUCUAAAAGUAGCAGGCACCCCAGUCUGGAACUUUGAUAUGCCCGCAGAGUAUAUUAUGUUCAACAAUAUAUGUAUCGAUAGCAAUUAUUCUAAUCUAUCAUUGCAUAAUAAUCACCGCUCUAUCGGACAUAGCAUCUGAAACAUCGCAUUUAAAACAAGAUUCUUGUUCGUACACAAUUCUUUUUUUUCUUUUUACAUUUGAGCUAUUGCUCUGGGUAGGAAAUAGUCAAUGUGUUAGCACAGAACGAUAGCCUAGCUCCUUCUGCAUCGCUAGAGCUAUUGCUUGAGCUAAUAGACGCUUGAGGGACCUGUAAUAUGAGUCUAAUGCAUUAUCAAAUGGCUCUUUCUAGUGUGUAGAGGAGAAUCAACCCAAUCGACCAAGCCAUUAUUAACGUGUCCAAAAUGUGAACCUGAACUGAUCAUUUGGGUACCUGUUUGGGGUUAUUAGUAGGACCCCAGAGCAAAGCGUUAAAGCUUCAUAUGACACUAAUUGUUGUUUUGUAGCAUCUACAGAUUCAACAUUAUGGAGUGAGGACAAAAUGUCAGAAAUAUGCCAGUAAUACUUCCUCCAAUGGAUUACAUUUUGUGAGGGGGGGGGGGGGGGGUGGUGUCUGGGUUUCGUGAGGAAUCACUCUGUCCUUCUGACUGCUGUUUGAUGUUGUGUGCCUGUGUACUGAGAAUGCCAAUUGGGAAUGUCUGGGAUUGAAUGGUGUGAAUUGAAUGAUGUGAGCUGUAAUGAAUAUUAACAGGACAAUACAGUACAUGCUUGUA